AUGAAUGGAGCGGUGGAGGUUGAACCGGUGUCUGCAGGAGGAGAGAGCACGCUGGUUAGUGAGGAACGGGAGAGCACAGGACAAAAGAUAAGAAAAAUCCUCACGUGGAUGCUUCAGCUGGUGACCGUUCCUUUCAUCGUGACUAGUGUGAUAACAGGCAUUUCUGGUGUAGACAUCUCCAUGAGAAUUGCUGUACGUUCAACAGCAUACUCCAUCUUCACCACUCUUCUGUCAGUGAUCACAGGGUUAGCACUGGUCCUGAUGAUCAAACCCGGGGUCGCUUAUGUUGUUGAGGCAGAAGAUGAGAAGUCCUUUUCUGUUGUCGAUACCUUAUUGGAUCUGAUCAGGAACAUGGUCCCACAAAGCCUGAUUCAGGCCUGUUUCCAACAGUACAAGACUGAGAGGCUGGAGCUUGAAAUAGAAGCAGAUGAGCCAAACUCUAGUCUGGAAAUGGUAUAUUUCUCAUAUGUGUCAAAUGCCACAGAAGUGCGACUCGUCGGACAUUAUGUGGAGAGACCCAACAUGCUGGGCCUCGUUGUCUGGUCUUUUGUUUUUGGCCUGGCCCUUAACUGGAUGCAGGAGAAAGGGAAAGUCCUGGUGGAGGUCCUCACUGUCCUGAAGGAGGCCACCAAAUGGGUCUUCAGCUUGAUACUGUGCUACUUGCCAUUUGGAGUCUUCUUCAUGAUCACAAGCCACGUUGUUGAGGUGCAUGACUGGGAAACCAUCUUCAAACUUACAUAUGAGGACAAAAGAAUACUCUUUAUUCACGGAACAAUCAUAUUACCACUGACUUAUUUCCUGCUUGUGAGACGAAACCCCUCAGCUGUCAUCAGGGGUGUGUCUCCUGCUUUACUGACAGCGCUGCUCACCUCGUCCAGCUCGGCCACGCUGCCGGUCACUUUCAGAUGCUGUGAGGACAGACUCAGCAUCAAGAAAAGGAUCACUCGCUUCAUGCUGCCCCUGGGGGCCUUCUUCAACAUGGGCGGAACUGCCCUUUACGAAGUGGCUGCAGCAGUUUUUAUUUCCCAGCUCAACAACAUCAAACUAGACCUGAACCAGUUAAUUACCCUCUUGUGA